AUGGGCUCAUUAUUCAGACCUACACAUUGUUGUUGUUGCAUUUCUUUAAGAGCAGGUUCUAUUAUUAUUACAAUUCUCUGGCUGCUUGGAUCAUUAGCUCAAAUUAUCAGUUCUUUACAAGCUAUCGUUCAACAAGGAAAAUGCACUGAUUGCCCAUAUAGUGAAGGAUACUAUAUUGUGAAUUUAAUUCUUCAUGCCAUAUUCGUUUUAAUCGCUGUUUUUGGGAUUAUGGUUCUUUGUUGUAGGAAUGAGAGUGGAGAUGCAAGUCAAGGAAAUCAAGAUUGUAAAGAUUUUAGUUACAAGACUGUUUUGAUAAUAAAUGUCGUGGCUUAUGGAGUGGCGACUCUUAUCUCGAUUCAUUAUGCUUCAGUUAUUAGUGCAUAUUCCUCACUACGUAGUACUGAAGAGGAAAAUUCUAAUAUGGAUAAAUAA